GAGGAGAAUAACAUUCUUUGGGAAAUACAUUUUCAAUACUCAUGGCUACUUUAGCUUACCAACUUGAACUCGGAUAGGUUAUGAUUGCCUCAAGUUUGGUUUUCCUCCUCCACAUCGUCCGUGGUUAAAAAUGUUUAUCAGAUUGUUGCGUCUCUUAUACCACCUAUUCUUGUGGUUGCUCUCAGUCUCUGCUAAUGCCACGCCUCCGCUCCUGUAACUCAACCAAGAGAUGCUACUGCCAGUUGUUGCUUGUUUUGCAGUAUUGCUGUUCUGGUGUCUCUUCGUUCACUCAGUUGUGGUGCUUCUUAAGAAGCUUUACAAGCGUAAUUUGCUCCGUUGCAUCCAUCCACUCAGAAGGCCCACGAUGCUUCAUUCCACGCAACAACUUGCCGUUCCCUUCCCUCCAAAUUUGAGUUCAAGAAGCCAUGCGUCCAAGAAAAAGAGUCGGCCCUUCCAUGGGGCGAACCAGCUCAUCCCCCUCCUGCAGAGCUGCAAAUCCAUCGGCCAAAUCCCCCAGCUCCACGCCAUGGUCAUCAAGGCCGGCCAGGACCGGAAUCCCCUGGUGCUCUUCAAGAUGCUUCGUCUUUGCUCCAAGCUCAGUUCCAUGGACUACGCCUUGCAAGUCUUCGAGACGAUCCUCGAUCCGGAUGUCUAUCACUAUACCGCCCUUUUGGAGGGGCACGUCGCUCUCGCCUCGCCUCGCAGUGCCAUCGAGCUUUACUUCCGAAUGGUCGGCGAGCAGAUCCGACCUGAUGCCGUCGUGAUCGCUUAUGUUCUGAAAGCCUGUGCGUCGGUGUCGGCUCUUCCCGAUGGCAGACAGGUUCACUGUCAGGUGCUUAAGCUGGAUCUCGGUCGUGAACGGCCCAUUAAGAUGAGAUUGAUGGAGCUGUAUGCCAGGUGCGCGCUAUUCGAGGACGCGAAACUGGUGUUUGGUGAAAUGCCCGAGACGGAUGCUGUUGCUGCAACUAUCUUGGUCUCUAGUCUCUCCGAUCAUGGUUUGCUGGAGGAGGCACGGGCGGUGUUCGAUAGCGUCCUAGAUAAGGAUGCUGUAUGCUGGACCGCAAUGAUCGAUGGGUAUGUCCGGAAUGGGCUGGCGAAUGCAGCGUUGGAUUUGUUCAGAGAGAUGCAGAGGGAGUGCGUCCGACCCAACGAAUUCACUGUCGUUUGCAUCUUAUCGGCUUGUUCUCAGUUGGGAGCACUGGAGCUGGGAAGAUGGGUUCAUUCGUACGUGGGAAAGAACAAUGUUAGGUUGAACGCUUUCGUGGGUUCUGCACUCGUCGACAUGUACGCGAAAUGUGGAAGCCUGGAGGAAGCACUUGUGGUGUUUGAUGAAAUGGAAGAGAAGGAUGUAGUGACAUACAAUUCGACGAUUGCUGGCCUAGCAAUGCAUGGAAGGAGCAACGAAGCAUUAAAGGUCUACGAGCAAAUGGUCAGAGACGGUGUGAGACCAACACACCUAACAUUUGUCGGUGUUCUGAAUGCUUGCAGCCACAGCGGGCUUGUGGACGUGGGGUUCGAGGUCUUCGAAUCUAUGGCCAAGGACUAUGAGUUAGAACCACGGAUCGAACAUUAUGGCUGUGUGGUGGACCUUCUUGCCCGUGUCGGACGCCUAGAGGAAGCAUACGAGUUUGCCAAAGGGAUGAGAGUCGAGCCUGAUCAUGUUAUAUGGAGCGCUUUGCUAAGUGCUUGUAAGAUCCAUGGCCACCUCAGCCUAGGCGAAAAGGUAGCUCAGAUUCUGAUCGAUAGUGAAGCUGCUGACUCUGGAACCUUUGUUCUCCUCUCCAACGUCUACUCGUCGUUCGGGAAAUGGAAAGAGGCUGCAAGGAUCAGGGCGAAUAUGAGAGGAAAGGGAAUACUGAAAGAACCAGGGUGUAGCUCCAUUCAAGUAGAUAACGAGAUCCAUGAGUUCCUACUGGGGGACAUUCGACACCCUCGGCGGAAAGAGAUCUACACGAAGCUAGAGGAUUUGAACGGUGUGCUGAGGCAAGAAGGAUUUGUCCCAGCCAAGGAUGUUGUGUUGCAAGACAUAGAGGAGGAAGAGAAGGAAUGGGCUUUGGCUAUCCACAGUGAGAGGCUGGCGAUAUGCUUCGGGUUGAUCGCGACCGAGCCAGGUACGACACUGCGAAUUGUGAAGAACCUCAGAGUGUGCAGUGACUGCCAUUCCAUGAUUAAGAUCAUUGCAAAGGUAACAGGGAGGAGGAUCGUGGUGAGGGACAGGAACCGGUUCCACCAUUUUGAAGAUGGAUCCUGUUCUUGUGGGGAUUACUGGUGAACACAAGUCAGCUGUACUUGUUUUUGUUGAUCUCACGGCGAGAAGGAACGGAUUAGUGAAGAAAUGAACUCAAAAUUCUUGUGCCUUUUUCGAAGGACUCUUGAAGCUUACGGAGCAAAGCAUUAGUGGAAGAAAUUAAGCUGUGGCUGACUGCUUGAGAAGAAUUAGAGAUCAAACAGUAUGCUUCUGAAUUCUGUGGCCGAUGAUACUUACUGUUCAAGCUGUACUACAACUUCUACAGAGACUCGUUUGACAAAGAUUUAUUAUAUAUCAAAAGGAACCGGAUACCAGUUGGCCAUUAUGGGGACUAUAAAGUUAUGAACCGUACGGUAAGACACUGCAUUGGAGAGCAUGAUUUAGACCAUGUCACUCGAGAAGAACACUGGCCUUAUAUAAUGAGGUUAGCAAUGUUUAGCCCUCUGAGUCAUUGCUUAUUCCUCUAACGCAAAAUCAAUGAAGGAAAAAAGUAAAUAGACGUUUGUAGUCAUUCUCACCAAACUUCAUCAACUUGAUAUUUCAGUAAGGAUUUGUAUUCAAUAUUGUGUAUAGUUUAGACUGUGACCGAUAGACAAAUGCCCUUUUAACAUUGAUGUCCUUUCAACACUUGAAAUAUAUUAAAUUGUUGCAGUGA